AUGUUGUUCAUGCCUGAAGUUCUACUCCUCAAUUCAGUUUUCGACUUCAUCACCGUAACAUUCAUAUCUGCCUUAAUAAUCCUAUCGGUACUAUCCUUAUGUUUCAUCUUCCACCUUCGCCUCAAAUCAAAAUCCAUUACCCACUUGCAAGGUUUUAACUCUCUUUGGACCGUGCGGUUCCUCCUUGUCCUCUUCAUAUUCCUUUGGGCCAUAACUGAACUCCUUCGAUUACCCUUCUUUCGUCACACAUAUCUCAACCCUUUCAUACCCUCUUUCACCGUACCACAACAAGCCAACCUUUGCAGGGUCCACAUUGUCCUCUCUCUAGGGUUCUUCGAACCCGCGUUCCUUGUCAUUCUCCUCUUCCUCCUCAAUGCCUCCACCAGAAAGAAGACACCAAAUGACACGUGGGCCAUUACCUUUGUGUGCAUCACGUGCCUCCCCACUGCAACUCUUCAAACAUUGCUCAUCUUCUUCAACCCUUUGGAAAACCGUGUGCCAGCGCUGUUCAAACGAACCUACAUGGUUCUCAACGACGACUUGAACAAUGAAACGGUGCUCUGUGGGUACCCUUUCCUCAACAGCAUUUUGUUCGCGGGGUUUGGUAUUGUCUACGCAACAUGGUUCUUGUUCUCGUGUUGGAGGGUUCUAUCUUUGGUGAUAAACAAAGGCCUAAGGGCGAGGAUUUAUGGGUUGACCAUUACAGUGUUGGUGGGUCUACCAUUGCAGAUUGUGUCUUUGGGUUUCACUGUGCUUUGGAACCCACGUCAGGAAUUGUACAGUGUGUUUUCGCUCUUGGUGUUCCUUGGUGCAUUUUGUUGUGCCACCGUCGGGGAGGGUAUUCUUGUCAUUAAGCCAAUUUCUGAUGCGUUGGACGCUGGUGGAAGUUGUUGCCUGUGGAAUCAUGCAGGACAUGAUGAUAGCCUUAGACACAACGGAUCAAUAUCAUUGGACCACGUGGAGAAUCGAAUCAACGCUGGGGAAGGGUGCGUUUAG